AUGGCACAUUUAACGGAGGAGACCCAGCCAUCCUUUGAGACGACAUUAAAGUCAAGAGCCGUAUCUGAAACCUGUAGCAUCAAGUUCACCUGUGAGGUGUCAGGUCACCCCGCUCCAGAAGUGACAUGGUAUAAAGAUGAUUUGCAAUUGGACAGAUACUGUGGACUACCUAAAUACAACAUUUCCCGCAAUGGACAAAACCAUUCACUGCACAUUUACAAUUGCACUAUGGAGGAUGCAGCCAUCUACCAGGCGUCAGCCAGGAACAACAAAGGCAUUGUGACCUGCUCUGGAGUCCUUGAGGUGGGGACGAUGAGCGAAUACAAGAUCCACCAGCAGUACUUCGCCAAGAUCAAACUGAAGGCCGAAAACACACGCAGAGAGCUGGAGGAGCCCAAGCCGUGGGACAAGGAGAACCACGGGUCUCCUGGUAGUCGCCAGGAAACACUGAGGACCAUCAGUCCAGACCGGUCCCAGAGGAAGCGACGGUCCCCCAUGGACCCCAGCCUCAGUGCCCCCAGCUUUAUGGAGGAUGAAGUGGUUGAGGAGAGCACUCAGGCUCAUGCUGGGGAGGCAGAGGCCAGGCUACAGGACACACCUGUGGUGGGAGAAGAAAAACGGGAAUCUAACAGGGCUGGGUCUUCCAAUGUCAAUGGACAGGCAGCUAUUACAGAAAAUAGCAGCAACAAAGGCCGGACGUAUGUUUACGAUUCAGUGGAGAAGUCUUUUGCUCCACACACACCAAAAACAUCACUGGCCAAGAAGAAGAUAAAGAUCUCCAAUGGAGAGGAUAGUGGGAUGACGGCUGAUAGCCAAGCAGGGAAGAAGCCUGAGGAGAGAGGGAUGAGUGAAGGAGAGGUCAGUGUGACACCCUGUCUGGUUGAGUCCUCACCCUCACUGGGGUCAUCAGAAGAGGCCCUGGAAGUGGAGAGUGCUGUUGAAACUUCAGCCUCAAAGACAAAGAGUGUAAAAUACAUGAAUCAGUCUGAGAGAGCCCCACUGAACAACACUGUGUCAGUAAUGGAAGAAGUGAAGGUCCAAGUGAAGGAGAAAGUACCUGUACAAACCCCACCACACAACGGAGAGCCUAGCAUCCUGUCUCCUUCUACUGGGCUCCUCUCUACAGGGGAAACCGUCUCAGGGAAUAAGAGUCAGAAUGCUGCAGUGGCUCAGCCUGGUCCUCAGACUGUACAAAGGUUUGAUGUACAAAGGUUUGAUACCAAGGGUUCCCCAAGUAGUGAGACACAAGGGUCAGUACCUGUUCCCACCAUUCCGUUGGAUAGCAAAAGCUCUCCAUCCAAGGAGGUGAAAGUUGAGGAAUAUUCAAAGCCAGACUCUAAAACAUCUGUCUCAGUCACUGAAAGCAGUACUGGCCUGCUGAAGGGAUCAGACAGUGUGUCCCCCAUGCCCUCAGCCACCCCACAGGAGCUGGCCUCCGGCGCUAGACGCAAAAUCUUAAUCCCGAAACCCAAAGGAGAGGACCCUGAAGCUGUUGCUUCACAGAUUGACACCCAGAGUCCCCAGAGAGAGGAGGUCCUCAGGAUGAGCUCCAGGCUAUCCCCAGAGUCCUCCUCUCCCAUGUCCCCUGGUCUGUCCCGCAGGUCGCCCCUGCUGCAGCCCCCCAAUGGCCAGCGCACCCCUCCAACAGAGAGACGCUCCCCACUGCUCAGUAGGAGGAAGCUGGCUCCAACACCAGAGACCCUCAAAAAGAGCCAGGAACCUGCCCUGGAGACAACCGACGCUACCAAGACUGAGGAGAAACCAGCUAAGAAGGACAAGCAUAACCCAUUCAAAGCUCCUCAGGUCAUCAGGAAGAUUAGAGGAGAGCCCUUCUCAGAUGCGGCAGGACAUCUGAAGCUGUGGUGCCAGUUCUUCAACGUUCUUAGUGACUCCACAAUUAAGUGGAUCAAGGAUGAGGUGGAGAUCGCUGAGGUUAAAAGAAGUGCAGGAGAUGAGACUCAGGUAGCCUUGGCUAUUGUCCAGACAUCCAGCAGAGACUGUGGAGUUUAUGGCUGCACCAUCACUAAUGAAUACGGGACAGACACAACAGACUUCCUACUGAGUGUUGACAUACUCUCUGGCAUGUUUCUGCGUGAGGAUCAAGAAGUGGGAGAGGAGAUAGAGAUGAGUCCACUACUGUUCACCAAGGGCCUGGCUGACUCUGGCGUCUGGGGAAGUAAGCUCUUUGGGCGUAUCAUGAUGGAGGAGGACCAUAUAGGAGAGGGCUGCUCCCACAAGGCCUGCAGAGUGAAGGUCAUCUAUGGGCUGGAGCCAGUGUUUGAGUCUGGGACCACAUGUUACAUCAAGGUGAAGAGCCCCAUCGCCUACUACGGAGUCAAGGAGGAGAGCAACCUGGUCGAGAGGAACCUGGCAAUCACCCAACAGGAAUGUAGACUUCAGAACAUUGCUCGUGAAUACUGCAAGAUCUUUGCUGCGGAAUGUAGGGUGAUAGGAACCUUUGGAGAAGCGCUGGAAGUGAUCCCAGUCCACCUUAUGUAUCGGCCUGCCAACACCAUUCCCCAUGCUACGGUGGAGUCUGACCUGAAGGGGGUCUAUCUGAGGUACUGUCUGAUGGACGCUACAGGCCGGCUGGUCAUGAGAACUGGCUCAGAGGCGGCACUGAAGUGUUGUGCUCUGCAGCACUGGAUCCUCCAGUGGACCAAUGGAAACCUGCUGCUCACUCGGAUGGAAGGUGUUGACUUCAAGAUCACAAACGUUGGAAUUUCCAUCAAAUCAAAAGGGUACCAAAGUCUCACAAUCACAGAGAACCCCAAUGUGUUUGAGCAGUUUGUCUCUCAGCACCAGUGUAACUACUACUGCGGCCUCCUCAGCCUGAGGUCCCUGAAGACACAGGACUCCCUGCAGACCCCAGCCAAACCCAAGUGCUCCAGGAGCCCCCUGCUCCACCGCAAGAUGGGCGGCUCCUCCAGUCCCCAGCCCUCCAGGAAGGCCACAGGAAGCCCCCGGCUGAUCAAAAAGCCAGCACAGCCAGAGGACAGCAAAGCCACCGCCAAGCACAAGGCCGUUGAUGUUCCCAAUGUUGUCCGAAGUUAG